UUUCCCCUUCUUGAGCUGGGGAUUUCCCUCACUUUAGGGAUUUCCCCUUAUCUUUUAUAGAACACCCCACGUGGCUGGCUACAAGAGAAUGGCUACCAAGAGACGUGCUGAAAAUGGCGAUCCUCCAUCAGAGGAGAGCGACUUGCUCACCAUACGACCUCUUGGUGCUGGUCAGGAGGUGGGGCGAUCGUGCAUCAUGCUCGAGUUUAAGAACAAGAAGAUCAUGCUUGACUGCGGUAUUCACCCAGGGCUCAGUGGAAUGGACUCUCUACCCUACACUGACAUGAUCGAAGCUGAUGAAAUUGAUCUACUACUCAUAACCCACUUCCACCUUGACCACUGCGGAGCGUUGCCGUGGUUCCUCGAAAAGACCACCUUCAAGGGACGGGUGUUCAUGACUCACGCCACUAAGGCUGUGUAUCGCUGGCUACUCUCUGAUUAUGUCAAAGUGAGCAACAUAUCGUCUGAUCAGAUGUUGUACACAGAGAAAGAUUUGGAGAAAUCUAUGGACAAAAUAGAAACAAUCGACUUCCAUCAGGAGGUGGACGUGAAUGGUGUGAGAUUCUGGUGCUACGUUGCCGGGCAUGUGUUGGGGGCCGCCAUGUUUAUGAUUGAGAUAGCUGGAGUCAAGAUUCUGUACACUGGCGACUUCUCUUGUGAAGAGGACAGGCAUCUAAUGGCUGCCGAGGUUCCUGCUAUCAGGCCGGACAUUUUGAUUUCAGAGUCCACAUUUGGUAUCCAUGUACACGAGAAACGUGAGACAAGAGAAACACGUUUCACGGCAACCAUCCACGAUAUAGUGACUAGGGGUGGGCGUUGCCUCAUCCCUGUGUUUGCGUUAGGGAGGGCCCAAGAGUUGCUGCUUAUUCUAGACGAGUACUGGGCCGCCCACCCUGAGCUCCACGACAUACCCGUCUAUUACGCCUCCGCUCUGGCAAAGAAAUGCAUGGCAGUUUAUCAGACGUUUAUUGGAGCCAUGAAUGAUAAGAUCAAGAGGUCUAUUUCAAAUCCCUUCAUCUUCAAGCACAUUUCUAAUCUCAAGAAUAUUGAUGCGUUUGAUGACAUGGGACCGUGUGUGGUGAUGGCUAGUCCAGGGAUGAUGCAGAGUGGACUGUCACGUCAGCUGUUUGAAGCGUGGUGCACUGACAAGCGUAAUGGAGUCCUCAUCGCGGGCUACUGUGUGGAGGGGACACUGGCAAAGCAUGUGAUGACGGAGCCUGCUGAGAUUGUGACAAUGACUGGACAGAAGUUGCCAUUGCGGAUGUCCGUAGACUAUAUCUCAUUUGCGGCUCAUUCUGACUACGAUGGUACGAGUGCAUUCAUCAAGGCAUUGCGACCACCUCACGUGGUUCUGGUGCACGGUGAGGCCAAUGAGAUGGGACGACUGAAAGCAGCACUUUUGAGAGAAUUUGAGGAUAUGGAGGAUGCGAGCACAGAGAUCUACACUCCUCGCAACACUCAAGCUGUAGAGCUGUACUUCCGGGGGGAGAAGAUGGCUAAAGUGAUGGGGGGGCUAGCAGGGGGACGACCGGAGGAGGGGCAGAGGUUAUCAGGAGUACUCAUCAAGAGGGGCUUCAACUAUCACCUCAUUGAACCCUCAGAUCUGGCCAACUACACUGAUCUUGCUACCAGCUCUGUAAAACAGCGUCAGAUGGUGAGCUUUGAGGCCCCCUUCUCUCUCCUAACCCAUCACCUGCGACAACUCUCCCCGGACGCUACUGGCCUCCUCUAUCAGGGCAAACAAGCUGUCAGGUUGUUUGAUGGUGUCAUUACUGUUGUCAGUGAGGAGAACCACGUUGUCAUUGAGUGGUUGGCUGAUGGACUUAACGAUAUGUUUGCUGAUGCUGUCUUGGCAGUGGUGCUGAGAAUAGAAGCCAACCCCGUGAUUAUGAACGAGGCACCAAAUGAGGGCAAGAAGAAAGAGUCUCGGUUGCCAGAGCAACUGUUACGGCUCAUGAGAGAGAUGUUUGGUCCUGCCAAUGCCAACUGGAGCAGAGAGGAAGAUGACAUGAUAGUGAUCACAGUGGACUCCUGCACUGCUUCACUGGACCCCAGUACAUUGAGUGUAGAGGGUGGAGGAGAGUCGUUGAACCAUCUGGUAACCAUGGCAGCCAAGAGACUACAAACGUCCCUUAAUACCAACUCUUAGCGGUGACUGCCCCUCCCCUUUAUUAUUCAUGCAUAUAAUUAUCUUUUUGUAUACGCACAAUUUUAAUGUACUUUUCAGUUACACAUUCCAACAAGAAGAGAUAAUUAUUAUUAAUACA